CUCCCAUGUGGGCCAGCCCAUGCAACCACACUCGCUGUCCCCUAAUCCGACGGCCCAGAUUUCACGCAAGCCCACAAACCGCGUGUUCUCAAAGCCCACUCUCCACACUUAUAUAAUUCCUCAAAAUUCAUCUCAAUCGCCUCCAAAGAAGCUCACAAUAACAGAAAAAGAAGAAAAAAAAAGGGAGAAAGAAGAGAAGAAUUGCUUACAUGGUAUCCAUGAAAAUCCUCCUGAUUUCAGCCGGAAUCGUCUCCCUGGCCGUCGGGUUGAGAUUCGCCGUGCCGGCGGCGGCGGACGGGAUUCCGGCUCUGUGGUCCGCCGCCGUGUCCUGGCUCAAGCCUCCCUACCUGUACCUGAUCAUCAACGGAAUUAUCAUCACCAUCGCCGCCUCCUCGCGCUUCCAGAAGAGCCACUCGGAGCAGCCGCCGGCCGCUCAGCACCUGAUCUCAGUCAAAACUCAUCCGCCGGCGAGUUUCGAGCCGUUUCCGGCUCAGAUGGAUGUUGUCGCUGUAGUGGAGGAGCCUGCGCAGGCGGCGGAUGCAGUGGCGGAGGUUGUGGUGUCGGAAAUUGAAGACGCCGUUGUCGAAUUGAGACCAGUGAUGGUGGACGGAUCGGAGGUCGGCAUAGAUUCUCCAGACGAAAUCGCGAUUGAAGCUGAUCUGGAUAAGGAUGUGUUUGUUGAAUCCACGAUUGAAUACAGAAACACGCCGCCGUCGCCGUCGCCGUCCCCGCCGCCGGAGGAGACGGUUUCUCGGGAGAUUCAGCUUGAGUCUCUCUUCCCGGCGAGGGAGAAACCUCUUGUUACUUCCAGAUUCGCUCACCGGAAGCCAAAUAGAACCAAUCCUGAAGGCGCGCGGGCCUUGCGGGUAACAAAGACGAAAAAGCACGAGACUCUGGAAAGCACGUGGAAGAUGAUAACGGAGGGGCGGCACGUGCCGCUCACGAGGCACCUGAAGAAGCCGGAAGACCACGGCGCCGAUGUUCCGGCGCCGGCGAGGAUCGGGAAGGAGCCGUCGCCGGGACAGGAAGAGCUGAACCGGCGGGUGGAGGCGUUUAUAAAGAAAUUCAACGAGGAAAUGAGGAUGCAAAGGCAAGAAUCAAUGAACCAGUUCAUGGAGAUGAUAAACCGUGGCCUGUAAAGUAAAGCUCACAUUUAUUUUAAUUUCAUUUCAUAUAUUUUUUUUUAAAAUUUUGAUAUUGCACAGUGGUUAGUUACUGUUGCUGGACAGAUAUUUUAAGNCUUAUUAGGUUAAGUCUGUAAAGUGUAAAAUUGAGAAUAUUACAA